AUGGAAAUUGGGAAUGCAACACAUGUGAUGGAAUUCAUCUUGAUUGGAUUUGCUAUUCCCUGGGAAAUAGAAAUCCUCCUUUUUCUGUUAUUCUUCAUCAUUCUGAUGGCAACAAUAGUUGGGAACAUCAUCAUCAUAACUCUGAUAUUCACUGAUUACCGCCUACAUUCUCCAAUGUAUUUCUUCCUUUUCCACUUGUCUAUCAUUGAAAUCCUGGGAACUCUGACAGUGGUGCCCAAAAUGAUGCAGAACUUCCUACUGGAAAGGAAGACAAUCUCCUUCUAUGGAUGUCUAUCUCAAUCAUACUUCUACUUCUUGUUUGGAACCUCUGAAUACGUUUUACUGGCUAUGAUGUCCUAUGACCGAUACAUAGCCAUAUGCUACCCGCUUCGUUAUAGCAUCAUCAUGAGUGGGAAGGUUUGUGUCUAUCUGGUUGUAGGCUCUUGGAUGAGUGGGUUCUUCUCCAUACUCAUCCCCACUGUGAUGAAGCUGGGCUUGCCCUACUGUGGCCCUAAUGUGAUCAAUCAUUUUUUCUGUGACAGUGCCCCUUUGCUACACUUGGCUUGUGCUGAUAUUAGCUUAGUGGAGUUUAUUGACUUCAUCAUUUCCCUUCCCAUUCUUUUGGGCUCUCUUUUCCUGACACUCAUCUCCUACAUUUACAUUAUAAGCACCAUCCUUAGGAUCCCUUCUGCCACAGGGAGACAAAAGGCUUUCUCCACCUGUGCAUCCCAUUUCACGGUAGUGACCAUUGGCUAUGGAACAUCUGUCUUCAUCUAUGUUCGACCCUCCCAAGCCAGUUCCAUGAAUCUCAACAAAAUUGCCUCACUGUUUACCACUGCAGUGACACCCAUGCUCAACCCCAUCAUAUUCACCUUUAGAAACCAGAAGGUCCAAGAAGUUUUCAGGGACUCUGUUCACAAGUGCUUAGGGAAUACAAAAUAA